ACGUUUCCCGCGCGCGUCAUUAACGGAAGUGAGCCCACAAAAUGGCGGAGUUUUACAGAGUUGAGGUGUGAAAGGGAAGAGAGAAAGGAGAGGACAGGGAGGGUGUCUACGCCUGCGGGCAGUUAGACAGGCGAGCGAGGUAGGAUGACGAGAGAUCCGUAGAAAGAGAGGAGAUUAGGUCGGUGGCACAGAGAAAGAAGAAUGACUAGUAGCCGCCUUCGGCGGUAAAAUAGCGCCCGUACUGUACGAAUGGUGGCAACGGGGUGUUGAGGGGACGACCAUUAGAUAGAAAGAGGAAAAACGACAAUGGCGAUAAGUUGAACGCAGAUAGCAAUAAACGAAGUGACGAGCGAGUGGGGAUACACGGAGGAGAGGCUGAGAGUGCGAGAAGAGAGGCUCGAGGGAAUGAGAGAGCGAGAGACGGCGUUAGAGCGGAGGGGAAAGACCAGUGGGAAGCAGCGGCAGUUCUCGCUGGUAGUGGGGAUGAAAAUUAGUUACGGCAUCCAAGACCUAAAAGGAACUCCGGCGCCGCCAGAUCGCAUCGUGCAAUGUUAAGCGUUAAGGUAUCCUCGUGUAUCGUUGACAGUGCCGGUCUUAAACUUUGUGGUAGUUGUUAUCUGCGUCGUGAUUAUACUGUCGGACUCGUUUUUAUGGUCGACGUGACGACUAUUACAGGUGCGAAUAAGUUACGUAUGUGUAAUAUUUAAAAUCAAAAUCCAUGACCUAUUUAUAUAUAUGACGUGAGUGUGAGGUGCUCAGUGAGGAUAGCUCACAAUCAGUGAAAAUGAUUCAUUCGAAACAUCAACAAUCAACGCAUCAACAGCAUCAGCAGCAGAACAUGCGAAAAUCUGUGGGCGUUAUGGGUACCAGACGUAUUUUUACAACAGCUUUUAAAAUCAAGGUUCUAGAUUCUUAUAGACACGACAAGGAUUGCCGCCAGAAUCAACGUGCCACUGCGAGAAAAUAUGGUAUUCAUCGUCGUCAAAUACAAAAAUGGCUACAAUGUGAGGAGCAGCUCAGAAGUAGCGUUGAAAAUGGAAAUACUGGGACUGCCUCCAUUUCUUCCACGGGUUCUCAAUCGGAUGGUACUAUGACGGAAGCUACAGGAAACACCGUGACUCCAGCAACGCCGGCCUUGAACCUCAACCUCGCCAGACAGCACGGCGACGAGCUGACUACACAGCAAGGGCCCCCACCUUCUCAUCCUCCGCAUGGCAGUGCACCCUCCUCGCCCCAAUAUAACCGUCAGACUACUACCAUCGGCACGACUUUGCCCCUAUGCGUCGCGUCCAUGGGUUAUCAAGAAUAUUCGUCAGAACAACAACGUCUCCAUUUAGAACUUGAAGACAGAAUUCAUAUGUCAGAGAUUCAUGGAUAUUCUAGCACGCAAGUGGAUCAAGAUCGUAAUUACUACGUAUUAAACGGAGAUGGACAACGAGAUGUAGAAGCAGCUUCAAUAUUUGGCGGUAGGAACGAGGUGAAGGUAUAUCAAACUUUGACAAGUUACCAUUCGCCAUCUCAAGAGCAUCGAUACGGCGUGAAUGAUAUCAACAGUAGCAUGCAUAAUCAUUCGCCGAAUCAUCAUUCGCAGCAGCGGGAACAAAGUUAUGGAAACAUCGAUUCAUUCGACGGGAGAUCAUACGGCUUGCUACUAGCGCCGUCGAUGAUAAAGACAGAGCCAGCGAGCCCAGACACAGCGGCGACAUCAGGACCGUACGAAUCAAUGGAUUCCCCCGGUGGCCCACGGGCCCCACUCUCGCCGGUAUCGCAUCGAGCCGCCGAUAGCGGCGGUUCCUCAUCGUCCGUUCACUUUGUUGAUUCCUCACGAGCCGCCGCGAGCCCGUACUUGCACGUGCACGUGCAUGAACACGCACACCCAUGCUCACCGUUGAAUUCCGAGAAGCCGAUCCCGUCGCUUCUGCACCAGCAGGAGAGAGAGUCAGAAGAGACGACGCAGCAUGUCGAAGAGAAGAAGGAGGAAGAGAUGUUGGAAAAAGCAGAAUAUUGUACGGCGAUAGUCAAAAAAGAAGUACACUUGGAUGAGGAAGAAGUAUAUGACGAAGCAGAAGAAGUUACCGCAUCCUCGUGCAUGGAUUAUCGACGACCACAGACGGGCGAAUCAUUAGUAGGUAGUUCAGGACCGGUAAGUCCUAUGUACGAUCGCAACGGUUACUCUUUGCCGUCGAGUCCUCGAGAUUCUGUUAGCGUCGGAAGAUACCGGAGUAGCUGCUCGGAUAGCGAAAUGGAUCCCCUCGUUUCGGCUGGCAGCUUGAAUUCAUCCGGCAAUUUCACUCGCAGACGUUCUUUUCCCUUGCGUUUUAAACUUGAUGUUCUCGAUGCUUUCCAUCGAGAUAAGGAAGUAAAAGAGAAUCAACGAGCCACCGCUAGAAAAUUCGGUAUAAAUCGUCGUCAGGUACAGAAGUGGUUAGAGCAAGAGGCGGAACUCAGGGAUGAAAUCGCCCUUCGAGGAGAUUCACGUCAACGAUUGGGUCCUGCCCAGGAUGUCGCUUCCGGUGACUCACCGUUGGAUCUAACGACGACAAAUUAUGUUCCGAACUGUGUUUCGCUGUUACGUGAUCGGUUUGAGAUGGAACAAGAACGAUCGUCGUCGCAUUUUUAUCGUUGCGAUAUUAGUUCCGUUUCUCCUCAACAUUAUCAACACUUUACUAGAAUAGAAUCAUCCUCCGAAGUAGAAGCUAUAGGGCCUUGCAAUCUUUCUUGCUCUGUAGACAGUACGACGAUUUCGACGACAUCCUCUUAUCAAGACCUGUCUUUGAGAGAAUUCUGCUAUAUGGAGUCUUCAGUUAAAGCACGCUGUUAUUCACCCAGAGCAAAUUCCGAAGUUUCUAAUUUUUCUGAAGGAUGCGAGCAAAGAUUUUCACCGCUGAAGAGGCAGCAUUGUAUGCUUUCUUGCUGUUACGAUGCAAUGCCGUCGCCAAAAAGAUUCUGCGAAAGGUUUUCGGAUAUGGACGACUGUUACGAUGCACCUCCUCAAGAUACACCUCUUUGUCUCGUGAAACCGAGAUUGACUCGGGAACCUUCUCCUUCUCGAACGGAAUUGAUUCUGAAACCGAGUACUGUAUCGGCUUCGAAUAAUACGGACGCUAUCACUUUCAAGCCUUACUUAGACAACCCCGUGAGCAAACCUGCGAAGAAAUGUGCCGAUCAGCGCGAUCUAUCUCCUAUCAGCAGCCACAACGUCAAUAACAAUAACAACAAUAAUAAUAAUAAUAACAACAAUUGCCAAAUAAUUUGUAAUUUCAACGAGAAUCAAAGUCGCAACUAUGAUUUCGAGCUUAAUCUGCGAGUACCGGUUUCCUGGAGACCUGAUAUAAGUUUGUAUACAGGGUUUCCGCAAGGGAAUGCGUUUGUCAGCGUAUCUUCGCUCUACAUGUAACUUCCUCUUUCGAACCGCUCCCCUUCCUUCUGUUCUAAUCAAACGCAGAGAACGGAAACCAGCAAGCUCGUGUAACGAUCAAUGGUCGUGUCUAUGUUUUUUUUCCUUUUAUCUUAUUUAACUGCAUUUGUUCAAAAUUUUGAAAAAGACGCGAUAAUGAUUGGAUCGUACGUUAUAAUUAAUUAGUUUGCGGAUAUAAAAAUCGAAUUUGCAGAUUUCUCAGGUGAAAAUUUGCCGGCGAGAGAUCAAUCGGUACGUGAUCUACUACACGUACGUAGCAGGCCACGUAAGCAUUUAUCGUUUCCACGGAUCGUCGGUGCCGCGUUAUACAUCACGAUAAAGUCUUAAUCGGACGAGCUGAGGCGUGGAAGGAGAUUAUACAUGGUCGCGUCCUCAGCUGGCCUCUUCCAACUUCAUCAGACUUGCUCGACCCUCUUCCCCUCCAUCGUCCCACCUCGCUCCACGAAAAAAUCAUACAGAUAUCCUGGUAAGUCUUUUUCUCACCGCUUUAUCGUCGAGAUUAGAACCUGGUGGUUAUCGCGCGGCUAGGCCGUUUAGAGGUCGAAUGCGUUCGCUAUAAUUAUAGAAUUAUGUCAGCGCAGCCAUUGCAAUAUAUCGAAGGAAAGUCCGCGGAAAGAAAGCUUGUCUUGGCCGAAGCAUUUUCACGUGUAAAAUGUGAUGGAUCGUUGUGCAGCAUGAUAUGCAAUAACUGGAAAUAGGCAUUAUAAUCUCUAUAUGAACUUAUCAAAGAAAUUAAAAAACUUUAAUUUACAUUUCUCCUUCCAAGAUAUUUUUGAUGAUUUUUCAUAGCACAUUUAGUUGAGUAAAUUUUUAAUUCUGUUCACGUUCUUGUCAUAUUUUUAAUAUUGCAUAUUAUGCUCGAUGCAUUGCGUCAGAAAAAAAACGAAGCUUUUAAAUUAUAAGUUUCUUAUUAAUUUUCCCUGUAUUACAUAGAAAACUAUCCGCCGGCGGCGGGUAGAUUGGUCGGACGAUUUCUUGGUAACAUACAUAAUAUACCAUCCAUGGUUUUCUGCGAACUGCUCGCGCGAUUAUAUUCAUUACUGGUAGCGAAUGUACAGCCGAUCUGUGAAAAUCAUUUAAUUGCUCAAACAAUUUCUUCCAUGUGCGCAUAUACGUCACGCGCAUUAGUAUUACAAAUAGUAACUUGUCAUCGCUCUUCUAUUCCCCUUUUCUCACUGUUUGGCAAUUGUUGUCUAUUUCUCGUUCUUAUUUUUUAUUGUUUUCUGUUAAAUGGUAUGUAAAUAUGUAAAUAUGUAAAUAUUGAGAAAAUCGGGAAGAAACGUGACAUUAUCGUACUCCGAGAUUUCUGCGAUGUACAUUUGGUAGAUGUAUCAUAAUGUUAUUUAAAAAAAGUUUAAAUAGUCGAUACCUCCAAGGAGAAACUCCUUUGGGAGAAAUAAGCUAUUUUUAUACGAUCCCGUCUGAAAAAAAGAAAAAAAGAAGAAAAAAAGAAGAACCAUAAAGGAAGAGAUGGAAAUUCGAGACGAAAUAAACCACUUCCGCAGAGACCACUUCUUGUGCCUUUUUUUGUCAGUAUAAGACAAAAUACAAAACGUUUUUAACACAACAAAGACGCAUAGGUCAAUUAUGUAAUAAUAUAUAUAUUAGUAUUUUUAGGAAAUAAUAGAUUCGAUAUCUAGAAAGUAAAUUUGUUCGUUAUGCACUUUGCUUUCGACAAAUCAAUUUACUGAAUAAUGACAAAGAUGUUCAGCGAUCAAUUUAUCCGUCGUUAAAAUAUUUAAAACGAGAAAGAUAACUUAUACACGUGAUGUUAUUGCAUACAUAAAAUGUAAUUAGUUCGCUGACUGAUAGAAAAAUCGGUAGUUAUGCAAGAUGAGUAGGAAGAAUUGAAAAGACAUAUAAGAACAACUCUGAAAGAAAAUCAUACGUGCCUUAUAUAAUAUAUUCAUAUUAAAGAUGUAUAUCGCUCGCACGAGGAGCGAGAUAAGACAAAUCACAGGGACAUAUAAAUUGUAUAAUAUUAAUUAUUAUGGUAAUAAUGUAUAGAUUUUAAUUAAUAUUUAUAAGAUAGAUCAACUUAGAAGUGAUAUAAUUAUACCUAUAUUUUCUAUAUACAAUUCCACGUUCAAAUCAUGAAAGUUUUAUUUGUCUUCGAUAUCGAUCAGUGAUCGCAAUCGAAUAAUUUAAACGAGAGGAAGAUUACGCAUCGGCAUUGAACCAAGUCCGUAAUUAAUUAUUGUAAACAACAUAAAAAAUAAUAUUUCUAUUUAAAUAAGAAGCAUGCGAAAAUAUUUCCUGUCGUUUAAAAUAUUCAAUAUAUAUAUCAAUAUUCUGAUGAUCAACAAAGAUGCUCUUAUUUAAUUGACUUUUCAUAGGAAAGAAUGAGGAAUAAGAAUUAAAAAAUAAUUAGCCUAGAGAAUUAGGAAUUAUUUAUAAACUUUUAAAACACGCAAAUAUUAAAAAUUUAAGAAUUAGAAAUAUCGGAAAAGUAAAAAUCUUUAUUUUUAGUAUACUGCGAUUAAUUUAUAUAAAGAAUUUUUUUUUAAAUGUGCGUUCUUUACGUAAUUUUCUCCAACACAUUUUUAAUUUGCAAAAUUUGAAAACACAAAUUCCUAAUUCUGAACAUUAUUUCUUUAUUUUCACGUAGGGAAGGAGGACAAUUGAAAGCAUAACAAUUUAUAAAUAAAUAUUUUUCAUAAUAUGAAUGCACUCUUGUUCCCAAUGCACUGAGAUCGACUCGAUUCGUCGAAAUGCAUUACGAUCCUCGAAAAGAUAAGCGAUUUCUUUCGCGUCUGACUUUGCUGGCGAAUUGUCAGAGGGAAAUCUUGUGAACUGUUAGUUGAUGUUAAAGGAAGUAAUAUUAUAUAGAUUGUAAGAGAUACUUUACUCGCGCGCGGAUCGGAAAAAUAUAGUCUAUCAGUCAAUAAAAUUCUACAGCAGUCACAAAUACUAUAAAACAAUCAUAUCGUAGCUAAAGUAAAUUUCAUAUUUAGUAAAGACAAAAAUAUCAAGCGAUAUGAUGUGAUUGUAGUUUUAUAGAGAUCAUUAAUAUUUUAAUUAUUGAAUCGGAAUCAAGAAAAUUAUUUAUAAAAUAGAUUUCUAAACAAUCAAGCGGUUGCCAAGCGAUCAGCAAGAAAGGCAAUUCUGUAAAUCACUGCUGCAGACAGGGCAGUUACGUUAAUGUUUCAAUAUUCACGCUUAAUCGAGCUCAUUCAUGAUGCGGCAUUAUUCAAUAUGGUUGCUGUGCGAUCGCCUCGUACCGAGCUCUAAUUUAUCGUCUCACGAGUAAUAAAUUCAAAAUAUGAUAAUUAUAAUUAUUAUUGCUACGGAGAACAGCACAUCAUAUCAUGAUCAGAAUAUAAUACUUUUUUCAUUCCUUUUUCCAGAAUAAAAAGAAAUAUUUUUAUUUCAUUUUAUCAAAAUCUUUGAAUCUUGUUUUAAAAAUUACACAUAUAUAUAUUUCGAAUUAAUGAUUUAAUUGUUCAAUAUAUAUGUCUUUUUAUUGCAAAACGAUUCGCCAAUCAAGUCCGAGGAUCGAGAGAUCGAACAAAGAAAAGUAGGUUUUCGCGCUUUGCCCACAAUUGUUAAUAGUGGUCAAGGCGGCAAUGUACAAUAAAAGCGCGCGUGCGUAAUUAUAAGCCAUAAUAAAUUACAUAAUGCCAUAAUACAUUUUACGUAAAGGAAGGCUGUACGACUGACGAAAAAAUUCUCGAUUACGCGAAAAAUGAAUUCGCCGCUGGAGUGCCUUGUAUGUGAGUGUGUGAGUGUGCUUGUCGCGUGUCCGUCUAAACUCGUAUAUGUAGUCACGUAUACACCACAGCCCACAAGAGUCUGUUAACGAGAGGCGUAAGGCAUAUAUAUGUAUAUAUAUAUAUAUAAGCAUAAUGCUCGUAUUGUACAUGUACAAAAAAGUUUAUAUAUGUAUAUAUAUAAAUAAAAAAAAGAACGAUGAGAGAAGAGCUAGAACGCGAAAAUAUCAAAGAAAGUACAUAAAAAUUUAUCUAUCUAUAUAUACAUAUAUAUACAUAUAUAUCGAAAGUUAUAUUUUGAUACGAUCAACUUACACGACGAACGCGCCUCUGAACUCGCCCGGUGCCUUCAAAUUGCUCGUGCCUUACAAUUUCUCGCGCGAGGAGGAAUCAAAAACCCAUAGACAUUACGAGUCUCUCGCUGAUAAUAUAAUAUUUGUCGUAUUGUAUCUUUGACGAAAUUGCGCGAAUGCAAAUUAGAAAGUAAAAUAGUGUACAGAUAUAUACCAGUGACCUCCUCACGCGCGCAAGCAUAUAAUAUCAGUAUUUCAACUAUUCCUUAUUUAUUGUUUCCCGUGACAUAUAAAGAGCCUCCAAAGUCCCGCAAAAUAACUUGUUAAUCUCGUCAUCUCUAUGCCUUCCCGAUCGCAUACUUCGUAAAAACGUUGAAUUUCUCUUAAUCACAUCCUACAAUCGUUAAUUUGAUUCGGCCGAAGAUUAUCCGGCGAUUCGUUGCUCAUCGAUAUUUUAUCUUGCUGUUAUUGGUACAUGUAAUCGAUAAAGGUUGAGAGAAAGAAAGCACACGGUUCCGCGCGACAGCUCAAAAACGAAAAUCUAAUAAUCCAUCAGCAUCUUCAUCUUGCAAACGAAAUUGUGGCUAAUAACAAUGUUAAUUUCGUAUCUCUUCUUGUAUUAUUUAUUUGUGUGCGCCUAUUUUUCUCAUUGCCGAUUUUUAUCUGAGACAACCGUUAUUGUAAUUUAUCAAAAAGACACGAACGGAAGAGAGAAAGAAAGAGAG